GAGCAGCCGUCGGGACGACAAGCGGUUACGUCACCUAACGUGACCGGAAGUCGUUCAGUCAUCUGAGCAGCAACAGCGUCUGUAACGUCAACGGUCAAAGAUGGCCUACCCAAAAUCACACAACCCUUUUGCCGAUGAUGACGAGCAGGAGGACUGGAAGCCUAAAAGCAGGGGUUUUGAUGACGAGCCCAGUGACAGUGGGCUGAGCGAACCGGAGAGGAGGCAGCGGUACCUCCAGCAGGAGGUGAUGCGUUCUGCUCAGUCUGCUGUGGACAGCAGUUACCGCUCCCUUGGCCUCAUCGCCGAGUCCGAGAAGAUGGGUGUGGAAACUGCAGAGGAGCUGGUGCGACAGGGUGAGGCCCUGAAGAGGACGGACAAGAUGUUGGAUAACAUGGAUCAGGACCUGAAGACAAGCCAGAAGCACAUUAACAGCAUAAAGAGUGUUUGGGGCGGCAUGGUCAAUUACUUCAGGGGCAAGCCAGAGACAAAGCUGCCGCCCCCUGAGCAGCCUAAGGCCUACGAGGCCAAUGAAAAAUUAAAUGCUGCCUUGUCCAGCAGCAAAGGAAAUGAAGAAAGGUACCAAGCCAGCCACCCCAACCUAAGAAAGAUUAAUACAGGGGGGUUUGGAGCGUCUGCAUCGAUAGAUGACGGCUCAUCGAGACAGAACGGAUACCCUCAGAAUAGACACCUUAGGGAGGCUCACCAGACCCUCGACAAUAAUCUAGAUGACAUGUCCGAUGGCCUGAGUAGACUGAGGAACCUUGGACUCGGUCUCCAGUCUGAGAUUGAGAACCAGGACGACUCCAUCGAUUCUCUGCUGAAUAAAGUGGACAAGAUGGACGUCAAGAUCGGCAACACAAACCAACAGAUUAAAAACCUCAAAUAAAACAAAACACUCAGACUCACUCAGAGACAAGAACAGUUUACCCUCCCCUCACUUGGUUUUCCAUCCUGGCCUUUGUGAAAUAUUCUUGUUCAUCGAUUUUGUCUUUUUUAUCCAUUGAAUAUGUAACUAGCGAUAAACAAAUGAACAUGUUUUUAUCCAAAUUAUUUUCUUCUUGAGUGCAUUUCCUUUUGCCAGAUUUGUUUAUAAAUCUAAAUUUGCUUUGUUCCUCCCAUCACAGAUUUUAUAUAGACACGUAUUGAAUUGUUUGUCCUGUGCACACUUGCACGUGCAUCCUGGAAUUAUCUUUAAAAUGUGAUUAAUUUACUUUAUGUUUUUCGAAGGGAAGAGUUUAUUCCAUGUGUUUAAAGACUGUCUGGGUCCAGGUGAAAUCUGACUGUUCGCUCCGUCAAGCUUCACUGCCCCUGAUAUCUCAUUGUGGUCUCCUGAAUUUUCAUUGGUUGUGUGAUUAAUCAUGUCCAGGUCACUUUUGCCUUAAAUAUAUCUUGUAUGUACAGAAGAUAAACUUUUGUUUCAUUGACAUUAUUCUGUCUCCACUGUUACAUGUCAUGAUAAUGCUUCACUUAAAAAAAAGUGAUUAUGUCCAUCAUUGCUUUAUAUAUGUUGCUUAUAUUGAUAUACAGUACAUCACAGUGAAUGCAGCAGAAUGUGAUGAAAUAAAUAAUUGUAUGCCAUAAA